CUUUAAAGCAGACAAACAGAACGGACAAACAGAUAAACACUUGUGAUACAGGAAUUGAUAAGAAAAGAAAAUGGCAGAAACUAAAAUAAAGAAUGAAAGAGGGCAGCAACUGUAUGCACGAUACUGGAAUGAAGACGACUCCCCAAAAGAUUCUUACAAAGCCUUGGUUUUCAUAGUUCAUGGUUACUGUGAACAUUGCCUGCCUUACACUGAACUAGCCAAAACCCUCAUAGAUAAAGGCUUCUAUGUCUUUGCUCAUGAUCAUGUGGGGCACGGACAAAGUGAAGGAGAUAGGGCACAUGUAAUUGAUUUUGAUGACUAUGUAAAUGAUGUGUUUUGCCAUAUUGACCAGGUCAAGAACAAAUUUCCAGACAAACCAGUCUUUCUAAUCGGACAUUCUAUGGGGGGUGCUAUAUCAGUUCUUGCUGCUAUGGCUCGACCAACGUUCUUCAGUGGGGUGAUUCUAAUUGGACCAUUGAUAACACCUGACAGAAAAGCUGCAACACCUUUCAAGAUAGCUUUGGGUAAAAUGGUUGCCAAGGUUUUACCUCAGAUGCACAUAGCAAAACUGGAUCCCAAGACAGUCUCACGAGAUUCAGAUUAUGUGAAGACCUAUACAAAUGAUCCUUUGAAUUAUCAUAAUGGUGUCAAAUGCAGGUGGGGUGUUGCAAUGUUAGAUGCCUUGAAGAAAAUAGAAGACAAUGUUUCAGAUAUAGACUGGCCAUUCUUUAUCUUACAUGGUGACAAAGAUGCGUUGUGUGAACUGGACGGAUCUAAACUCAUGUAUGAUAAAGCUAAAAGUACAGAUAAAAAAAUCAAAAUAUUUGAGGGUGCCUUCCAUCAGCUGCAUAAUGAAUUAGAACCAGUGAAGAAAGAAACCUUUAAUCUCAUAUCAGAUUGGUUGAAUGAAAGAGUUUAAGGAUACUUCUCUGCUGUGAUUGGCUAGAAUCAAAUUAUUCCCUCUAUAAAAACAUUCCUGAUUGGUUGAAUAUGAAAAUAAGAUGCAAGGAUGUUGCUGAUUGGCUGAAUUUGAAAUUAUAAUGUAAGAGUGUUACUCAUUAGCUGAAUAUGAAAACUUAUUGUAUGGAGAUUGCUGAUUGGCUGAUUUUGAAACAGUAUGUACAGACAAUGAUGCUUGGUUAAAAUUAAUGCACUACUUAUUGUGUUCAACUAUAUUUUUAGUAUUGCAUAGUUUUUAUGCCCCCGGGCAUAUAGUAAUUGAACCGUCCGUCCGUCUGUCUGUACGAGGUUAACCUAGAACGGCAAGUUGGAUUUUUCUUAAGUUCUACCUGUACCAAUGGCUUUAAGUUUACACACUUACUAAUCAGUACA